CAGAAAAAUGAAAAAUACUACAAAUUAAGACCAAACUCCCAUAUACCAUGGAGAAAGUGUUCAGAGUAUCCUCUGUGUCUGAGUCUGAGUUUCCAACCCAGCAGUCAUUUUUUCUCUGCUUCUCGCUCUCAACACUCUGAGCUUCCAAACCAGUAGCCAUCUUCUUUCUUCUUCUCACUCUCAUUUCAAUCGGUGAUACCUCUGCAAUGGCUUUGCAAUUAAGGGAUACUCUGAAUGAGGCUAUUACAGCCUGCACAGGUCUCUCUGCGGCGACCUUCUUUACUGUCCUCGCCUUCCUUUGGACCAUAUACUACGUCGUAACGAGUCUCUUCGGUUCGUCCGAUGCUCCUCCUCGGCGGUCCAGGGACUUUGAGGAGAUGGAGCUGGUUCCUCCUCCAGUCCAGCUUGGCGAGGUCACCGAGGAGGAGCUCAAGCAGUACGAUGGGUCGGAUCCUAAGAAGCCCCUCCUCAUGGCCAUCAAGGGUCAGAUCUAUGAUGUUUCACAAAGCAGAAUGCUUUAUGGACCUGGUGGGCCUUGUGCAUUGUUCGCUGGGAAGGAUGCCAGCAGGGCUCUUGCAAAGAUGUCCUUUGAAGAAAAAGAUUUAAUUGGAGAUAUAUCUGGUCUUGGCUCAUUUUACUUGGAAGCCUUGCAGGAUUGGGAGUCCGAGUUCAUGAGCAAGUAUGUAAAGGUUGGAACUAUUAAGAAGACUGUUCAAGUAAUUGAUGGGGAUGCCAGUGGUGAAGCCGUAGAAGCUAAAGAAAACGAGCCUGCGAAGCCUGCUGAGAACGGUCCAUCAGAGAGUGCUGCUGCUGGAUCAGAGGAAAUGUCCAAACCAAAAGCAGGAGAAAAAGAAAGGACAACGGCUCGAUAUCCGUCCCAAAAACACGAAAAUUCGACCCCGUAUGUUGAUGGCAUUGGAGUUUCAUAUGCUACUAAUAAUUCAGAUGCAGAGGAAGAGGAAGGAACAAUGGAGAAAUAUGAAGACAAUGGUCCUGGUAGCUGCGAAGAAGAUGGUCAGGAAAAUAAUGAUGAGCUGAGGAGAAGAGGGGAGGAAUUCAUUGCCAAGGUCCAUGGAGGAUGGAGAGCAGAACAUUCCAGGAAAGUUAGGUAAGCCUUUUAACAUUCUCAGCAACUCUUGAGGUAGCAUUUGGAUUCUGAGUCUUCAUGAAUUGAUCAUCAAUUAUGCUGGCACGAGGAACAGAAUCGAGGUAUAGGUCUCUGUUUCUGGGAUGUUUCUAAGUGCUUUCCCAAUUGAUUAUACUUCACACGGAUAAGUUGGAAAGUAAAAGGGGAAAGGGGGGAUGUAGAGCUCAGUGCAUGCUUGAAGAUAGAUGCUUUUCUAUUUGUUUGUAAAAACUUUUGUGGGCAAUGCCAUAUUCUCUUUUGGUACAAGGUGAAUUGGUAUCCCCUUUCCCUGUUUUUUUUGGGAUAAUUGACUUCUAAAAUUUAUGGGAAAAGUUCAUAAAAAAACCAUUAUUUG